CUGUGCGGUGCGAUUUGUCCCUUAAAAAUAGCGAGAUAUUCUAGUUGGUAUCGGAUUAUAAACUAACGCAGUGACCUUGGGACAAAAUUUCGAAUAUUUUGCUAGUUUUUAUUUCCUUCGGUAGACAAUCUGCUGAAGAAAGGGUGACGGAAAAGAAAAAGUUUAUCUUUGAAUGAUUUAUCUGCCGUCUUGAAAACCUGCUGCUUUGUAGAGUCGGUGGUAAUAGUAUUUGGUGUGAGUGCGUAAUGGAAAAAGCCAAACUACAACCUGAAGUGAGUGCGGUAUCAAGAGAAAAGUGAAAUCAUUCCGGAGGCGAUUUUCUGCUGAUUUUCGAUAAACCAUCGCCAAAGGAAAUCUGCAACGGUGCAGGUGUCAACUGCGACGGAAUAGCGACGGAGAUUUAUUAUCGAUUGGAGCUGACGCAUUGUUCUCCGUUCUCAGACAGGCAGUUCAAGAUAAGUGAUAAACGAAAAAGCUCGCAUCCGUGUACCCUGGUGGAUAACAAUUUUUCCGACUUACAUUCGAAAUAAAAUGGCAUCACCGGUAGAUGGACUAACAUCUACUCUUCCUAACCUCAAUGCUCGUAUGGCACAUCUUUACGAAACAAAAAUGUGGGCUGAUGUAGAAUUCUUGGUUGGAACUCAACCGAAUGCAGUGAAAUUCAGCGCACAUAAAUGCAUACUUUCUGCAUCGUCACCGGUUUUCGAGGCCAUGUUCAAAAGUACGUUUGUCGAGAACAAUGGCCUGGUUAAUAUAUCGGAUGUUAACCCAGUGGAGUUCGAGAAAUUUCUGAGAUCGAACAACUAGAUGUCUAUAACGCCCAUCGGACGGUUUUUGCUCUCUAGCGACAACUAGACAACGACGCAGAAGUAAAAUGCACCGACACACUUUUUAAAUAUUUUCGCAUACGUCGUGACCGAAGGAGCCCAAUGGACAGUCAACCGUAUCCAGGCUCAUCACCUCCGUCGGUACGUGACCAGAACCAUGAAGAAGAACGAUCGCACGACGAUCUCGGUGCUGCGUUGCGACGGGAGGACAGCGGGCUGUUCUCCCCCGAGGCGAUGCGCAACGGCGGCUCCAACCGAAUGUCGACGGAUUCUACUUCGACGUACGAAAUAGUCGACUGCCAGUCACCCGAAUCUAACGACGAGCUGUGGAGCAAUGUCGUUAAAAUAACGCGAGCCACCAGUGCGACCGUGGCAGCAAUGGUCAGUGGUUCGGCAGAGCUCGAUGAGGAUCGCGAUCGAAAUGAGGACGAAUACGACAUAGAGGAAGCUGCUGAAGGAGAAAUGGUUCAGCAGCACCGAAAGUACGAACUGGCACGGUCUUCUACGAAGGAGGAAAAACAACGACAUAAUGAGGAGAUUUUAAUUAUGAAAUCGAAUUCGAUCUCGUCGGAAAAUAAUUCCUGGGAGGCACUUUCGCCAUCGAAGCCGGCGGCUGAGAAUGAACCCGAUACGAGAACUAAUUGUGAAGCGACUGAAUUUCCUGCGUUGGUGCGAAGUAAGCCUGGAACAUCGAAAGCGUGCUUUAUUGAUGCUUCGUCGUUGUACGACGAUGAUGAAGUCCCUUAUCCUUCUUUCGUGGAUACUAGUCUUCAGCGUCAGCAGGAGCGAGCGCCUGUUUCAUUGUCGGCUAUCCUUAGUGAUGAUGAGAAGUUGCAAAGUUCCAAUGCUGCCGCGGCACCAGUGGAAGUGAAGGAUCAAUAUUCGUUGCCGAAUAGUGAUUUUUUGUCUGGUAAACUGAAUAUAAAGGAACGCGAGAGUGCGGAUUGUAGUGAAGAGGCUAUUGCUCGGCAGGAAUCAGAACGUAAGCAGGGUACUUUUCUGUUUCAAAAUUCUAUUCAGCAGUACUCUGGCCAUCUGAUCGAUCCUAAUCUACAAUUUCCGGAUGAAAGUUAUAGUGAUAUUUCUCUGCCGAGCGUAUACUCAUCGAGUAGUGAUCCAAAUUAUGAAUACACUUCCAAUGCUAUGGAUAGUAAUCCAUCGCGUUUUAUUACCACCAGCGGUGGUAUCAAUACAAGUGGAUACAAUUCUGGUUCUGCGGAUUAUUCUUCCAGGAUUGCUCAUGCGUUGGACAGCGAUAACCCUCAGUAUCCUGAUACACCAUUUAAUUCGAUCGUGCACGUUAAUUCGGCUGUUAGUAUUCCGCCGGUGGCACACAGAAUCUCGGAGGACAGUCGUGAAAGUUCCGUCGAUAGAGAGUCACAUUCAACGCCAAUCAGAAUUCCCAAGCGGGUGCAGAAACAUGACGAAUCGGCUCCGAUUGUGUCCGGUGGAGCAUCGAUUGAGGAUUUUACCCCCAAGCAGUGUGAAAGUCCUUCGGUUCGUAGAAGAACCGAUACUUGUCCGAUUGUCUCGGGAGGGAUGAGUUUUGAGGAUAGUUUUAAGCCGGAAAUUCGUACACGAAGGCUUAGCAAUUCGGCGAAAUCGUGGGUUGUGGAUUUGAAAAAUUGUCCCGAUGAUGAAAAAUCUGCAGCAAUGUCCUCUAUCGAGCACAACCGUAGUGGUAUGGGUUUUUAUGUGGAUUUAGGGAGUAUUAAAACUCCGGAAGAGGAGAAAGCCAUUGUGAUGCAUGCGAGGCCACAGAAUCGAGCUCAUCAGGAUCUUAUGAAGAAAUCUACCGGCUUCUAUAUUGAUUUGUCUGAUGGGGAGAACUCACGAAGUAACACACCAAAAUUGCCGAAAGCAAGCACUCCUCCGGUAGUAGCCGCUAGCUCUGGCAGCAGUUCGCGUGCUGAAUCGGUUGAUAAGGAUUCUGCAAAGAAAAAUAUAUUUUCAAUGUUUAUCGAUAUCGGGAAUGAUGCAUCCCCUAAAUCGUCGUCAGUUCUCAAGAAGAGCGUUACCGGUUUUGCUAGAGCUAAAGAUGAAGAACCUGCUGCAGUUACAACAACUGCUGCACAACCGAUUAGACCGGUCAACCUAGCUGCUGACGACAAGAACAACUGUUACAUGUUUAUUGAAUCUACACCUACGGUAAUCGUACGUAGAAGUAACGCUUCUUCGGCCCCUAAAUCGGAAUCAAAACGACAUUCUUGGAACCCAACGAGUACUGAAGGUACUUUCCAUGAGCGACGUAUUAUGAGUCGAGAGUAUCAGCGUUCGACAAGCGUAACCAGUGAUAAAGGCAUUAUGAACAUUUUGGAAAAGAUUCCACUACUUUCCAAGACCAGUAGUAUGUCGAUUGACUCCUCCGUUUCUCCCUAUGAAGAUUUUACCUGCUCCAAGUCCGAACUAAGCACCUACUCCAAUCAGUCCAUUUCCUCUAACUCUGCACAGUCAAGCAAUGAGUCCAAAAUUUCCCCGAAAGGUGUCCAGAAUGGCGCACCGGAAGGGGAAAUGACAGCAUCGACCAAAAAGAAACGACGCGAUGUAAAAAUAAAUGAAACCUUCGAUAAGAGCAGCCAAGGUUCGGUUACCGAUGGCGUCCUUUCAUCUAAUGAAGAUACUUCUCCGGUUUCCACAACAACGGACACCGAUGACGUGACAUUCCAAAACAAUCCAGCUGACGAACCGGAGCUCACCCAAUCAGUGGAAGAAACAGAGGAAAGUAGACUGUCAACUGCUGGCGCUUCAGUCAGCAAGCAGAUGGAAACGAUUGUCGAAGCCGUCGAAAGCUCACCGAAACACGUUAACAAUAGCUCUCGAGCAACAAAGUCACAGCACACGAUGGAAACAUUGCAUGCCACCAUCGAAAAACAGAAACAGCUGCUUGAGACCGUGUCAGAAAAUGUCGAGUCACAAAAUACUUCCUUCGUAAAGUUGUCCGAUAUGGACAAGCCUGUUCCUCCUGUGAAGUUUGAACUUCACUCGAGCAACGGGAAUACAAACAGAAGCGCUUCCUCGGGUGGUGGAACCACCGGUGGCUACAUGUCAACAUCUGCCGGUUCAAACCGCGUGGCACGACUCUUCGGAGAUAACCACAGUAAAUAUAAUACCAUAGGCACAUCGCACCAGACACAGCACCAGCUGCAGCAGCAGCAACAGCAGCAAACGUCAAGUCAUGGAUACUAUGGAAAUGGAACUGCUUCCAUCGAACGACAUUCCUGGAAUAUGUCCCGAUCAACGGGAAACAAUUUUAUGAAUCUAGUAUCGUCGGUGGAGAAUUCUCGCAGUCUCAGUCGAUUGUUUCCGCAUCUAUCGAAAGCCUUCAGUAGCAGCUUGCCGUCGGAUAUGGGGAUGAAUUCCGUCAAUCGUGGCACAGAGUUGCACGAAUUUCUGACGUCGGAUUUUUCGUGUACUUCUAGUAUAACUUCUAGUCGAUCCGGUAUUGAAUCCAUUGAUGAGUCCAUAUCUAGUCGCCAACCCCGUCGGUUGGGGGAAGAUUUGCUGAAAAUGUUCCUCCAGGAGAUAGCCACUGACGUGACGAUCGAAGCCGAGUCGAAAAAGAUGCGUGCCCAUAAGUGCAUUCUGCGAUCUCGCUGUCAGUACUUUGCCGCUAUAUUGGCCGGUGGUUGGAUUCAGAACGCCGGUAAUGUGAUCAGCCUGCCCGGCUACUCGUACGCUGCGGUACACUUCGCUCUCUGUCACAUCUAUUCCGGUGCCUCGCACCCACCGGAGGGUAUCAGUUUGAUGGAACUGGCAGCGUUGUCCGAUUUGCUUGGCUUGGAAGGACUGAAGGAAGUGACAGCAUAUGCUCUGAAGACUAACUACUGUCACAAUUUCCACAAGCCUUGCUCCGGCUGCACUGAUGGGGUGCUUCAAGUUCUUCCGGUAACUUUAAACCAUGGAUUGGAUGAACUUUAUCGCAAAUGUCUUAAAUGGGUCUGCAAACAUUACGUGAAAAUUUGGUCCAACAAGCAGUUCUCUCUCCUUCCUGCGGAUGUUGUAAAUCGCUGCAGACAGCAAAUUGUGGCUCAUUUGACUUCCGAAACGGUGCUCAACACUAUUCUGGACAGUGAACAGUUGCUGACGAUUUUGCACCCAUACAAGUGGUCGGUUGAGGUGGAAAAUGUGGUUCGAGACAUUCUGGAUGCUGCCUACGAUUACAUUCAGGACCACUUUGCUUCGCUGCUGGCCAGUGACUGCUUUCUUUCGCUCGGCCAUAACUACAGCUGGGCCAUAUUGCAUGUGGAACCAAUAUUGCUUCGUGCAGCUACUAGUUUGAGUCCGGACCAGGCAUGCAAGAGCUAUCCUCGUGCGACGCGACUUCAUAAAUUGCUACAGGCCAAGGUGCUCACAAUGACCGCAACUCCGCUAUCAUCCGGCGAUAAUUUGAACAUCGUAAAUGUGUACGAAAAGAAAAGCAAACUGGACAUCGAGUUUGGCAGAGAGGAAGAGGAAAUGGACUGGUGCGACGAAUUUGUCGGGAUGGUGAAUGCGAUUCUCUCGGCCGUAGAGCAGUGUUUGAUCAGACAGUGCGCCCGAGCAAUGCGAGUCAAUUCAUGGCAGAGAAUGGACGUCGAGUUGAGAAAUAAAAUACAGAAGCUUGCUUGUCUGAUGGAACCGACAGAGGAGCGAAAGUCACGGUCGAGAUACUCCUAUUCCUCUCAAACAUCUUCGUCGUCAUCAAUUCAUUCCAGAACGAAUGAUUUACGGCAAGUUCGGUUGGCCAUUCAAGCACACACAAAACGAUCUUACGAAAAUCAAAACAACCACAACAUUAAUAAUCGCACCAAUACUCAGCACACACAGACCAUUGUACACCACAACGACUUUAACAGCGUGACGAAGUCUCACAAAUCUCACGAAAACGUCGAACGAACCAACAUUCGACCGGAGUUGUCCAUUGAAAAUGGUAAGCUGUCAAAAACCGCAUCCAAAAGUAACGUUCCGGAAACGAAAGUGCUAACCAAAGCGAACGUGAAGGUGGGACUGCUUAGCAAGAACAACCUGUCCAGCCACAAGCGGUCCCAAUCGGAAGACAUGGGCUCGAAGGUGGCAAAGACUGAACCGUUGAAUAAUCUGAAAACUAAACUUAGCAACGUGAAACCACGCUAUCUCGAGCCGAAAAAGCCGAAAAAUGCCACCAACCUGCAAGUGCAAAAUGCCUCCUCAAGCGGCAGCUCGACCAGAACUUCCAGUCCGGCUACGGGGCGCAAAAAGGGACCCAUGGGAAAUGUCACCAAGCACAGUCGGGACUCAAACAUUUCGCUAGACAGCCUCUCUUCGCCAGCGAAGACCGGAAAAAAUCUCAAAUCACAUCAACCCACUAUCAACGACAUGGACGUGUCAAUCGAUUCAUUGGCCGAGUCGUUAAAAUCUAGCUCGUUCAAGACAAACAGCAACACAAUUUCACACGAAUCUCUCAUAUACCACGAGUACUUUAAAACCAAAAAUACGAAUGUUGAUAAGCCUUCACCGGUGUACUCUAAAUCAAAUCCAAUCAUAUUUAAUGAUCGGCCAAACGGACCGAAAUCAAUCGACUCCUCAGCGGCCAAUAAAAAUUCUUUGGUGACUAAGAAUAACCUCAAACCGAGUGGACCCAGUAGCGCAAAGCUUGGUCCAGUUAUUAAAUCGACCUCUAGCGGUAUUAAUCGUACCGCUUCAACGGCGAGCGUAAGCUCGAAUUCAUCAUCCUCGUUUGUAAAGAAAAGCUUUCUAUCGCAGCGCUCGAGAGAAAUUCUUGCUCGUCGUUCUCUAGAUACUAAAACAAACUCGACUAAUUCUAGUAACAAAUCGGCUGCUUCAUCACCGAGUCUACUCUCACGGGAUAAAUCCACAGCGAGCGAUGUAACCAAAUCAGGCUCACCGGCACCACAGCAUGUUAUGAAUGGUGCAGGUGGAAGAAAAAUUUUUCACACAACUCUACACCUUCGCAAAACAGCCAAAUUGCAACAGGAACCUCCAGCGGCGCACGUUAAACAUUCGGGUGAUGGACCGAAAGCCGUAAAACAGAGUUCUAUUCCGAUUGCUGGCAAUCAUCAAGGGCGAAAGUCUUCAUCAUCGGUGGUCAGUCGAGCAAACGGUACCGGCAACAGCAACAGCAGUCGCCUAGUAAAGCCGACGAACACCACGGUCGUGAUCCCGACCCAUGCCAGGCUAUCGGAUGUCAGCGGUAAUCUGUUGCUCGACGAAAACACCUCUACACCGUCGUCCUCGUCAUCUUCCGAUAACGUUAACGCUGGCGGUGGCAAUGCACCACCACCAGCCAGGAUGGAAUCGAAACUCGAACGAUCGAACACAUUCUGCAUGGAGGCAUCCGAUAAUCCGGUCGUGCUGCAGAUAAUUGAAUAAGCGCAGCAGCCCAACAUCAGUAGUCAACAAACAGUCUGAUUAUGCUAUCAAGUUUUUUGCAUAAGAUUCAGCCUGAUUCAAUUUUCAAAGCGUACUGAUAAUGCUACUACUAUCAUCAACAAUUGCGAUUCGAAAUUACGUUCGCAUUAAGGUAAGUUUGUAUGCUGCAAGUCGGUCGGUCUGUCGAUCAGGCCAGACCAAUUCGAUUGGAACAAUUUUUUACUCAUUCGAUAGUGAUAAACCAGUGUGAGGUUAAACAUACACUUAUUUAUUUAUACUUUGGCACAAGUAAUUCCAGAUUAAGAUUAAUAAUCAAUACGAACGGUAAAAAAGCCAAGCACAGCUGAUAUAUAUUCUUCAUCGUGUUACUUGUCUAGUCAUUAAUAAUCUCAGAUACAGUUUGUUUGCUUAUUUUCGAAGUGAUUGAACCAAUUUUUUUCUCACUGUUGAGCAUCGUAUAAGAUGAAAGACAAUCCGAGAGUUUAUCCGGAUUGUGGGUUUGUUAGGACAAGUUAAUCAGUAUUUUUGAGAUGCAUUUAAAAGGGCAAGAAAAUAGUAAUCAUUACCAACAAAACCAGCUCUAACCAUCCGAACAGCAAAAUUAGUACUUGACAGUAAAAUUAGUAAAACACUGAACAAUGAAUAAUACACCUUUCUUAAUCAGAGCUAAAAUUAUAGGUAUUUUUAGGCAUGGAUGGCUUAAAUCAGAGAACACAUGCAAAAACCUUGCUGCAAUAUGCUUCUCAAAAAAAAAAAAAAAAAAAUAAUCCACAAAGAAAAAAGGAAGUGAACGAAACUUCAUGAACAAUUUAAGUGUUUAGUUUGGAUAUAUGUAUACUUAUAUUAUUAUAGUCUAUUGCUGCUUUUCUUACGCGUGUGUAACAGAGCAAAGAAAGAAAAAACGAAUAACGAUUUAUUUCUUGAUUCGUUGAUGCUAGUAAAUUUUAAUAAUGCGUUGGGAUCAAUAGCGAGCAGAAUUAUACAAAACUAUUGCGAUUUUUUUGAAUCAUCGAAUUGUCAAAAAAAAAAACAAUACACAAUUUAUAUGAUAAACCUUUACACGGCGCUGUUGCUGCUUACGAUGGGAAACAACAAACAAUUUACUUUGAAUUGUACUUCGCGUAGAGUAACGCACCUUUUCGGACAUAGAGAAUGAUAGUGUGUAAUGUCUACGAGGGCAAUGUUUGCAAUUGUACCCCUGGAAAACUUUUGGUUUUAAAUUGUUCAAUGAUUUCGAUUAUUUCUUCAGUGCAGUUGGUUAGUUUGCAAUUUUGGUGCAUGUAAAAGAAGACAUGUUCAUUCGAUAUUCUAUCCUUAACUUUUCAUCUCAAAAAAUUAACUUUAAAUAGUAUUUUUAGUGAUUAGGUUGAUACGCUUGUUAUUGUAUAGUUUCAUUUGUUUCGAAAAUAUAUUUUCCGAUAAGCAUUCAUACCGCUUUCAUUUGAAAUGUUACUUACUAUUCGUCCUGUAUAUUUUAGAAUUAUGUAAAAAGCACAUUCCCUCCAAAUAUACGCUUGAAUUACUUCCCACUGAAUAUUUAGUGUUUUUAAAAUACAGUAUACAACAGUUGAAAAUCUACUUACAAUCAAUCAAGCAAAAGUAAAUUGAAAUAGAUGUCAUAACACAAACACAGAAAAUAGAUUGGAUUUUGUCUUUGGCCUCUGCUCACUACAACAAAAAUAAUAUAGACACAAUAGAGAACAAGCAUUAACAAGCAAAACAACAUUGCAGCAAAAUAUGUAACAAAAAAUAUUUAAACUCUAAAUUAUAAUAAACAGGCAAUUAGUUAUUCUGUUCCGUCAAUAGGACAACUAGUCAUUUGUACAAAGUUAAGCAGAACAGAAAUAGAUCGCAGCAGUGAACAGAUCCAGAGCGUUCGGUUAUUAGCUAUUACUCUAUUAGAAAAGCAAAUAGCAAAACGAUAGUGUUGUGUAGGUAGUUGUGCACUAAUUUUCGGAAUUUGUUUUGAUCAAAGAAAAAUAACCCCUUCGAUUGAAUUCAGCCUCACGGUAGCAAACAAUUGGUUCACCGGGAUUUGUUCAACGUUCUUAAGUAACACUUAAUUAGCGUAUUAAGAAAAUGCAAUAUGUGAUUUUUAGACGUAAGAAAGAUACUUUUGUCGCUGUCUAUUUAGCUUGUGAUAUUUGUUUGAAUUUGGUUCUCUAUCACGGUUCGUGAUCGUAAUUUUUCGAAUCGAUUUAUUUUUUUUAUUUACAACUUUGUUAAAAUAUUUCUACAUGUACUGCGGAUUGUUUGAAUUGUCAACUUAAUUUCGUCCUUUUUCCGUCUUGAACACCGCCACCUAUCGAAAUGGUCUAAUAAAAUGGAUUGCAUAAUGAUGA